UAAUUUCAGAAAUUGAACGGUUCUCCUUUCAUUUUCUCUCUCUGUUUUGCUGUGCACAGAGAAGAGAGAGAAAAAGAGAGCCAACGAAGAAAAGAACCUGUUCUUCACCAGAACAGUUAGGUUUCUCGAAUUCCUCCCAUUUAUCGAUCCAUCUCCACCCCGUCUUCCUUCUCCUCAUCUCUUUCCAUUCCUCUUUCGUUUUCUUGUUACAAUUUUCUCAGAAAAAAUUAAUUUUUUGGGGGAAGAAAUUGGAAAAUUGAGAGGAUUUGGGGAAGGAAAUUGAAAAGGAGGAAUACCCAGAUAAUAAAUUCGGUAAAAUUUUCGAUUUUGAUAAGUGGGUGUUUUUCUCUUUGAGAGGUGGGAAGAAGGGUUUGUGAGUUGAUGGAGUUGAAUAACAUUGAGUGUGUGACAUCCUCAGAUGGCAUGGAUGAAGAUGAGAUCCAUCCACAUCAUGAGUUUUCUUCCACAAAGCAUAGAAAUGGUGCUGCAAAUAUCAAUAAUAUUUUGGGUCCUAAUGCCAUUGCUCCUAUAACCAGCGUUCAUGAAUUGCUUGAAUGUCCUGUUUGUACUAAUUCUAUGUACCCUCCAAUUCAUCAGUGUCACAAUGGUCACACACUAUGUUCCACAUGCAAAACACGGGUGCAUAACCGGUGUCCGACAUGUAGACAAGAGCUUGGCGAUAUUAGGUGUCUGGCAUUGGAGAAGGUGGCGGAAUCACUCGAGUUACCUUGCAAGUACUACUCCCUCGGAUGUCCUGAAAUUUUUCCUUACUACAGCAAGCUUAAGCAUGAGACAGUCUGUAAUUUUAGACCAUAUACGUGUCCUUAUGCUGGAUCAGAGUGUUCCACUGUUGGCGAUAUUAACUUCCUCGUUGCUCAUUUGAGGGAUGAUCAUAAGGUCGACAUGCACACGGGAUGCACAUUCAACCAUCGUUAUGUGAAGUCAAAUCCUCGUGAAGUAGAGAAUGCAACCUGGAUGCUCACAGUAUUUCAUUGCUUUGGCCAAUAUUUCUGCCUUCAUUUCGAAGCUUUUCAGCUUGGCAUGGCUCCUGUUUACAUGGCAUUCCUUCGUUUCAUGGGCGAUGAGAAUGAAGCUCGGAACUACAGUUAUAGCCUGGAAGUUGGGGCCAAUGGCAGGAAACUAAUUUGGGAGGGUACACCACGGAGUGUUCGUGAUAGCCACCGAAAAGUCAGGGAUAGCCAUGACGGCCUCAUAAUUCAAAGAAAUAUGGCACUAUUUUUCUCGGGCGGGGAUAGAAAGGAGCUGAAACUUAGAGUCACAGGAAGAAUAUGGAAGGAACAGAAUCAAGAUGCUGCAGUGUGCAUACCUAAUCUAUGUAGCUGACAUGUUAUUUGAGGAGCAUUUUUUACUUGUGUUUGGGGAAACUCUUCUAAGCUUUUUAAUUACACCAACUUUGUGCUUGUUGCAAUAGUUUAAGGCACUAAAGUGUGACAUUGUAUUUUUCGUCAAUUUUCUUGAACUGUGUAAUAAACAAGAUUUUCUUAAUUCAAAAUUUGCUAUAUCAGAAUUUAAUGCUA